GAUCCUUAAAUCUCAGCUGUUUGUGCUGCCAGGUGAUUAAGCCGUGCGAAUUUGCAAACGAAUUCGUUUUGCAUUUGCUACGGUGACGUAACCUUGUAUUAAAAUUGCAGUUACAGUUAGCACCAAUGCUGUUCACGGAAGCUAGCGGACUUCUUAACUUUCGCAGACAGCUCACAGCACUUUUGUGGAAUUCUUUAGUGGCCAAACGGAAGGCUACGUGCCCCUGUUUGGUUUGAGUUUGUUUCAUGUCCACCUACAUAUUCACUCAUUUACCAUCCAUAGUUCCUUGGGCCACUUGUAGUUUAUCAUAGCACCAUAUAAAGGCUGUAAUCAAGUUCCAGUGGUCAAUAGCAUUUACUUCCAACACACCACUUAAACCUAAUCAGCAGUCUUAGAAAUAGUUCACCAUAACCGUGUCCUUAGUUUGAAAUAUCAUUAUGCCCAGUUCACACACACCUUCGCUGAACAGCAUUAAUGAAAAUUCAUGUUACGAUAUUAAAGGCCAUUAUCGACUUGUUCUUAUGGGAGCUGCUUGUGUCGGGAAGACGGCAAUUGUACACCAAUUCCUGUACGAACACUUCCCGAGCGAAUACUUGCCAACUGUUGAGGAACUGUACCGUGGAGAGUACGAUGUCGGAAACACCGGUCUGAUCCUCGACAUUCUGGAUACAAGUGGUACUUACGAAUUCCCUGCUAUGCGCAAAUUGGCGGUCGAUACUGGAGAUGCCUUUAUUCUAGUUUAUGCUAUCAAUGAUGAUGAAUCCUUCGAAGAAGUAAGAAGAUUGAGGCAAUUGCUGAUGGAUAGUAAACAAUCUAAUGUCCCAAUUGUCGUUGUUGGCAACAAAUGCGAUCUUGAGAAGCAAAGAGUAAUCCAAAAAGAAGUUGCUGAUACCAUCGUCGCCAUUGAUUGGGAAAAUCGAUUCGUAGAAGCAUCUGCAAAGGAGAAUAUCAACAUUGUGAGAAUCUUCAAAGAGCUGCUGGUACAAGCUAAUUUCCCUUACGAUCUGAAUCCAGCUGUACAGAAACGUCGUACUUCGUUGCCACUCUACGCCCUGCCGAAGACCAACAAUAAUGUCACAAAGAAUAAGAAGAUCAAGAGAAAUAGCUGCGCCGUUUCAUAACACGCUCAAUCAAUCAUCAACCACUGUUAAGGGCGUCAAUCAAUCGUCAAACGAGAUGAAUAUUGCGUGACAUUAAGUUUGGGAAGCAAGGAAGUACAAAAGGUCCCUUAACUCAUUUCUUCAGGUUACAUUUUUCUUGAAUUUUCUUUGACUGCAUUAAUUGUACAGCAUUAAAACAAAUUUUAAAUGCUUUUAAAAUGCUCUCCUUUUACGGAUAUUCUUUUGUAUAGUAUAUCAAAACGUUGAAAAACUAUAUUUAUUAUUUAAUGAAAGAUUUAUAAAUUUUUAAUGAACUCUUACUUUAUUUUAAUAAUGAUCUCUUGCUGAAAAUUUUGCAGAAUUUUUUUUAAUGAGUAUUUUUUAAAAUGCCUUCUAACAGCGAAAAGAAAAUUGCUUUCAAUCAUUAAUGUAAAUUACAUAUUAGUAAGUAUUCAUAAAAUCUGCUUUGAAAGUAGCAGCUAUUAUUUAAGUAAAAGAAUUAAAUAACUGUCAAUUUUAAAAUAACUCAAUCAAAGAAGAUAUUCAUUUAAUAUUUACUGUUACUUACUUAAAUAAACUUCUAAAAGUUCUAUUAACUAAAAACGGAAUUCUCAUAUCAUUUUUAAAAUAAAUUAAUCAAUAUUUCGAAUAAGGAAUAGAAACUUCUUAAAGGUAAAUUGGAUGGUCUUCAUUUUUAGACUUUUUACAAAAAUCAUUUUUAGACUUUUUAGCAAAUAUUUUAAAAUAUUUCCUUUUUUUUUAAAAGUUUUUUCAUGUACUUUAGCUUCAAAUUUUAUUUUAAUUGUUCCUAAAAAAUUUUUUCUUUCAUUUUUGAAGAAAAUACCUGUUUUUAUACACUAGGAUAGCUUCUAUUAUAGAUAGAUAUUACCUCAGAAAGUAUUUUUGUAAACCUUUCUAGAAUGUUUGCAAUUAAUCCUUAUGCUCUCUUUGAAACGUAAUGGAAAUUUAUCAGAACUCUGUCUAUCUUAUUUGCGUUCCAAGUUCAGGUUCCCCCCUCUUUCUUUCCCUCUCAUUUUUUCUCCUUUUUUUAGAAUGAUGUCAUUUAAGCAAAGGUCAAAGCAUUUUAAAAUAUAUUAAACAAAAAAACAUUAGUUCCUAUUUGUUUCAUGCAAUGCGAUUUCAUGAAGCAAAAAUUAUGUAUAAAAGACAUGGUAAAAAAUACUUAUGAUUUUUGUGAUAAAAUUGUUUUAUUAGAUAAGCCAUAUAUAUCCUGAAAGCAAUUUCUUUUCGCAUUAUUAACCAUUUUUAGCAAUAUAAUUGGUAGCUGCCACAGUUCGAACGUAUUGCUAUUAGUUUAAGUUAUGUCUCCAAACUUAUGCUUGGAAAUCAAGAAAUAUUGUCUUUUAACAUGAAAAUGAAACACUAGUACAUUAAUUAGUACUAUAUAUAUGAAAUAUUUACUGAUACUACCGGGGCUGAACAAAGGCACCGAUCGCCACAUGCUUUUCAAAGAUACGUAACACAUUAUUACAUAAUUAUCUUAUAUUAUUAGAACACGAACCCCGUAAAAACAUUUCGACUGACAAAAAUGUUGAACAGCCUCGGAUAUUGCAGUGCAUUUGAGAGUUAAGGGAAACCCUCACAUUUAAAACUUUCAGAAGGUAUACAGUCAUUUAUUUAUCAUGUAUAUGAGCUGAUGAAAAUUAAGAAAAGUAUAUUUUUUAUUUUUAAAAUUUAUUUAAAUGUUCGACAUUUUUCUCUAAGACAAAAUAAUGUGAAUGCUUUUUACUCAGAUAUUAAUGAUAAUAUAUCUAGGAUAUCUUCAUUGUCGUAUUUUAUACAACUGCCUUUUAUGUGAAGCAUGAGAAACCUAAACAGUUUUCGAAUAUGAUGUUCUCGUGUGCAUUCUGUCAAUCAAUUGUCCAUUCUAAGAUUGUUUCAGGACAGCACUGCCUUAAAGUUCUUCAAGGCAUGCUUUGCCGUAUUAUGUAUGGGCUAAGGCAUUCAAUGUAUCUGAAAAUAUGUGCAAAAGUUAAUUCACUGUCAUGUAAUUACCUAAUGGAAGUCAAUGAAAUACUAUGUUAUAAUGUAAAAUGUUAAAUAUCGGAAAUAUAUCUGCAGAUGAAAUUCAUAUAAAUUUUUACUUGGAUAUAUUUGUGAUGUCUCUGCACUUUCUGCUAUAAAAUGUUAUUUCGAUGCUGGAAAGAAACUGAAUUUUUAUUUUGCUUUUAAUUUCUCAACACAGUCGAAGUUUCUUUUUCGAAAAAUGGCCAAUUUUAUAAAUAGAAUCUUCGACAAACUAGUUUCAAUGCAAUUUACUGUUUAGCUCAAUGUGAAAUGAUCUUGGUACGUGUGAUAAUGUGACCCAAGUAAUUUCUAGAUGGUAUUGUAUUCAAAAAAUUAAACAGUUCAGAAUGAAAUUGAUUUUAGCAUCGGUGUAUCUUCUGAACAAUCUUCUCUUAAUAUAUUUGAUAAAUAAAAUUGUUAAAAAUAUUUCUUUAAUACAAGUGUUUUAAAAAGAUGUAAGACUAAAUGAUGGUAUUCUUUUAAGCCUAUAGUUCCAUUUUAUGGAGAAAGCGAAUAAAGAAGUUUAAAACUAAUACAUUUAAUUCAUUUCUUAAACUGAAGGUUUGGUAAUGUGACGCGUUUAAAACCCGCCCUCAUAUAUUAUAUUUUCAUACGGGCCCUAUAGAAUGGAAAUUCUAUUCAACCAUGUGUGAUUAUUUGUGCUAAUGAUCUUCUAGAAAGGAAAACUGAUUCUGUAAUAUUCAAAAAUUGCCGGAAAAUUAAUUCUCGAUGAUACGUGAGGCAAUUUUGAUUUAAUUAAUCAUAUGAGGAGGAGCAGUUUUCGGAAUAUUUUGGUUACUGAAAAUAUGUUUUAGUCUUAUAUUUUCCUUCCCUGAACCUCUUAAUUUUAAGUUUCGUACAUUUUACUAAAAGCUGUCUCUUUGAAAAAACCUGUCACAGUAUUAAAGCCUAUUUUAAUGUGAUUAUGUCUUAAUCUAUGACCACAAGUAUACUAUCAAUCCAUCAAAUGACGUUUAAUCUAAAAAUGUUUUUGAAAUACUGUAUCUUAUCUCGGGAAGAAUUCAUAAAAUUCAUUUAUUGAAAGAUAAAUACUUAAUAUUCUCAAACGAAAAUGCUUUGAGUGAAAUCAUAUUCCAAAGAAAUGUUUCUGAUAAAAACUCGGUUUCUUUUCAGUAUUGCUCAACCUAUUUUGAAAGUUAAUGCAUAUGUAUGUCAAGUUAUGUGAUAGCAUUUGUGAAGCACAAUGUGUAACCUUUCAUAUAUCGCGUCAUUGUCAUUUAAUGUCCUUGUGAUCACUAAUAUACAUACAUAUAUAGUGCAUAUAUAUCAAUAUGUAUUUGUCGAAAUAAAAGUAUAUAAAUGUA